CCAGUCUGCGCGCAGAAGCGCAAAGCAAGCACACACACACACGCACACACACGCACACACUUAUUCACUAUUACAGUCACAUCGCCGUUUCUCUCAGUGUUUUUCGCUCCUCUCUCAGUGCUGUGUAUGCGGGGUUUCUGGAGCAUUUCUACAGCACAUCUCAAGACGCUGCAAUCCCUGCACUGCUCAUCAUCACCAAGUUUCCAGGCACAGGAUUGUUUCAUUUAUAUUUGCAUCGCCUUCUAUCGUCGAUGUGUUCUACGCAUCUCAAAAAGAUACCACCAAAGAAAGAGACUGAAGUGAUCUACCAGCCUAAUAUUCAAAAGCCUCAUCUCUCUGUGCAUUGCGAUGAUUCCAAGAUGAUUUAAAAGAACAGCAAUAUUCGUGAAUCUCUUUGCUACCCUUACUACCCUGAUCUCCAGUGCAGAAGAUUUCACAACACCAUUUUUGAAUAAAAUGGCUGCCCUUGUGAAAAACUGCAUUUACAUGCUCUUGGCAUUUACUCUACUUCCUGAGUUCUUAUGCAUGCACCCAGACUGUGUCAUCCAGCUAGAAAAAGAAAAAUGUAUGGAGAGGAUGGCCUUGGACGACCCUGGCAGUGAGCCUGAAUAUGUGUGUCGCUGGAUGUGGGACAAUCUGACAUGCUGGCAGCCGGCCAGAAUAGGUGAUAUGGUGUGGAUGCCCUGCCCUGAACUAUUUGAGUUCAUGAAUGAAGAAUAUGAAGAGUUUGGAAAAGUGAGCCGGAACUGUACUGAGGAAGGCUGGUCAGAGAUGUUCCCUCAUUACGUCGAUGUGUGUCCAUUUGAUGACAAUAGAACGAACCCUAUGGACAAGUACUAUGUGUCUGUGAAAGCUCUGUACACAGUGGGCUACAGCACAUCUCUGGUGUCUCUCACCUCGGCUAUGGUGAUCCUCUGCUGGUUCAGGAAGCUCCACUGCACCAGGAACUUCAUCCACAUGAAUCUCUUUGUGUCUUUUAUCCUGAGAGCCAUCUCAGUUUUUAUUAAAGAUGGAGUUCUGUAUGCUGAGGAGGACAGCAGUCAUUGCUUUACACAUACUGUGAAGUGUAAGGCAGUAAUGGUGUUUUUUCACUACUGUGUUUUAUCAAACUACUUCUGGCUGUUCAUUGAGGGACUGUACCUCUUUACUCUGCUGGUGGAGACCUUCUUCCCUGAGAGGAGAUACUUCUAUUGGUACACCAUCAUCGGCUGGGGAACCCCAACGGUGUGUGUGACAAUCUGGGCAAUGCUUCGUGUGCAUUUUGAUAACAUUGGAUGUUGGGACAUAAAUAACAAUGCUGCCAUCUGGUGGGUGAUAAAGGGACCUGUGCUUGCUUCUAUUAUGAUCAACUUUGUCCUCUUUAUCGGUAUCAUCAUAAUCCUUGUCCAGAAGUUGCAGUCUCCUGAUAUAGGAGGCAAAGAAUCCAGCAUUUACUUACGCCUUGCUCGCUCCACUCUCCUGCUCAUCCCUCUCUUUGGUAUCCACUACACUGUGUUUGCUUUCACUCCCGAGGAUGUCAGUAAGAGAGAACGGCUCGUGUUUGAACUGGGGCUCGGAUCUUUCCAGGGCUUUGUGGUUGCUGUCCUUUACUGCUUCCUCAAUGGCGAGGUGCAGUCAGAGGUGAAGAGGAAAUGGAGAAGCUGGACGGUGAACCGUUACUUUGCAGUGGACAUGAAGCACAGGCACCCGUCGUUGGCGAGCAGUGGUGUAAAUGGAGGCACGCAGCUCUCUAUCCUCAGCAAAAGCAGCUCGCAGAUCCGCAUGUCCAGCCUGCAGGCUGAGACUCCAGCCACAUGAGCUGCAGUCUCUUACAUCCACAGACACACACUGAACUCCUCACACUUAGCACUAAUUAGUCCAGUUUCACCUCAGAGACUUGCAUUGUGUGGGGCAAACUGCUGCUGGAGGCCAUUCAUCAGAGCAAUCUGCUCCUGAACACACACUAUUUCAACACCUUUAAUAAUCACACGGUCAAGGAGACUAAAUUUGGCUCAUCCUUUAUACAAAUGAUGGGAUUUCUAGAGCCAGGAAAAUCUCUUUGGCGUCGUCGUGCCAAAUAAAUGAAAUAUUUUGCUCUUAUUCAUUGUGAUGAUCCUCAACACAAAGGCUAAAUAUCCUAAAUAUGACCUGCCAUACACCUGAACUCUCACAAAUUUUUAUAAUCAAGAAAACGUUAACUCUUCCCUCAGACAGAUGGGAAUGGUUUUGUCCAUGAUCCAUAAGCAAAAAAAAAAAAAACAUGGAUGGCACAAAGGGAAACACUUGGACCUGCCUAUCAUUAGACCUUUAUAACAUCAGUUUUCAAGAAAAGGGAUAUUUCAACACUGAAACGUUAACACUGAAUCUAUUUGAUUUAAUACAAAUAGAGGUACAAGAGCUAAUAAUCUGCAAAAAGUAUUUUAUUUAGAAAUUGUUCAUCGUGUUCUUGAACUUCUUUCUCAAUGUGCUGGUGAAUAUGGUCUUUGACUUGCUCUACACCAUGCCGUGGUCUCCCUAUAAGGGUGAAUAAUCAUUAUAUUGUACUUCAGUAAUGAAAUGUUUAGAAAAGGAUAAUGUUUUUAAAGAAGAAAAUAACGAAUAGCUGAGAGGAUUCAUGCUAUUUAUUCUAUUAAUUGAUGCUGAUAGAUGUGUGGAACGUUCCAGCGUAACGUUUUUUAAGCACACAGACGACAUACUCACGUGCGUCAUUGGGAUAGUUGUCCGAUGAGGUAGUGAAAGAGCAUGUUAAAGCUUUUUUUAACUGCAGUUUGACUAUCAGUUUAGAACUGUGAAUGUAUACAGUAUGGUUACUGAAUUUGGGACCAUUUUUUUAACAGAAGAUUUUGGUGAAAAACUCUGACCUCUUAUUAUUUUAGAUGAAACAAAAGCAAAACUAUUGAUAAUUCCUGAUACAACUAAAACCAAUACAUUCAAAUACUUUAAAUUGUAUAGAUGCGUUUUUUUUUUUUUUUAAUGUAAUUUUCUAACUAGCCGUCAGUACUGAAAAUGUCACUACAGCAAACAACAAGCAAAGCACCUCAUGAAUUUUGUAGAAACUUGUUUGGCUUAUUCUUGUUGUUUGCAUGAUUAUUUUUUUCCAUGAAUGGUUCAACAGUAAGAUCACUAUAUUGUAUAUAUGUAGUCUUAUUCAGCUUCAUAAAUACAAAGUGAAUAUUUUGGUCAUAUUUUUGGUAACACCAUUUUUUGGUAGAAUUAUUCUAUUAAAUAUCUGCUUCCGUUGGUGGUUUUUGAACUUAAUAUCACAAUAGAAUGCUAUCUUUAUCAUUUUUCCCAAAUAUAAAGCAAAAUCAAUCUAUCACAUGGCACUUUUGGUACUCCAAAGAUAAGUGUUUAGAUAUUUGACUUUGUAAAGCUGGUUAAUGCCGAACUUGUCUUGCAAAAGCUGUGGAAAAAGCUUUGCAGCUGAUGUCAAUAUCAGAGCUCCUCAAUUGGGGAUGCUGAGAAAGAUAUUCUUUAAUAGUGAUGCUCAGAACGUUUAUCAUGAAAGUGCCUUUUUGCACAAAAGUAAGAAUACAAUAUUGAAACGAUAGAUAAGAUAAUCCAGUGUUAUUCAACUGCAAAUGCAUGAAGCUGUGUAACUCUGGGGAAGUACUUUUAUUGUACAUAAGUAUGUCUGUGUUAAAAACCAAGAGGCCUUGAAAAAAAAAAAAAAAUUACAUUUCGAUUUUGUUUCUUAGCCUUCAAUUAGACUUUUGACCUUUUCAGAUAUUUCCUCUGGAAAAAAUCUAGAAAAAUUGUGUUUUUAAUUGAAUUGUAGCCGGAUUUUGAUAUUUCCAAAUUGAAUCGCAAAACAUUUUUUUGCUUUUGUAUUGCUAGCCAUAAAAACAUUCCACCUUUGUGUAUUAUAGAACACUUAGCCUUUUUUCCACGUUAUAUCAGUGUAAUGCCUUGUUUGCAAAAAGAAACUGCAAAGAGAGCCGAUAUGUGUUUCAACAUGAAAUGAAACACGAAUAUAAAUUCUACAUUUAUUUUAAAUUUUGAAAAAUCACCAUUUCAUUAUAUCUGUAAAGUUACAGUAGAGAAGACGGUGUAAUGUUUUCUGGUGUUGUCAGCUUCAGUAAAGUGUAGAUGUGUUGUGAAUGUAGUUCGGUUCAGCACAUUUCACAUACACUUAUAAGUUAGAAUGCAAAUCACAGCUCACACGUCUUAAAAGGCAACAGUUUGUACUGAUAUUCGUUAUAAACUCUUGUGGUGUUGUACAAGACUAGACUAGAAGACUAAGUGUAGACUCUGUGGCCUUUACAGAACUGAAUCCAUCUUCAUUGAUAAUCUUCUAUCGAAUCAGUGCCAAAAUGUACGUUAUUAUUAUUCGAAGUUGUGGAUCGGCCACAAGCGGAGUGUUACAUUACAUCUUAAGCAAUAUGCCAUUUUAUUUUAAGUCCAAGUCUCAUUAAUUAUAUCAUGUUCUGAUAUGAGGUUGUGCCACACGUAACUAUUCGCUCUUGGUGUUGAUUUGUUCUUUCAGUACAUAACAAUACAUUCCGUUGUUCUAUAAAGUAGUUAUAGUAUCGUGUUAAUGAGAAGUGUACCAUAGCGGACAUGCACUCUGAAUGGUUGUGUAUGUAACAUGCAGUAUUGAGUAUUGUGCUUCUGGAGCUGUAUCUAAUAAGUGUUCAUUCAACAUGGGUAGUUGUGUGAUUUUUUUUUUCCCUGUGUUUUUUUUUUGGAAGACAAUGUUUGCUAUGUAAAGCUUGUGUUAUUGCUGCCUGCGAUCGUGAAAUAGCUGCAUGUGUAUUGUGUGGUUUUGAUGGUUUCUUUACAAACUGGGUGUGUUGAUGUUUAACAAGAAAAUGGAUCUGUCACAAUAAAUUCACAAGAAGUUAGCACUUACUUGAAUACGACUGCAAACGGUUCUGAUUAUCGCACUGAUUUCUUUCAUGUUGCCGUCAGACAAGGAACUUCCUUUUCACUGCAAAAUCUUUGUAGCCUUUUGUCUGCACUCAUUAUUGUAGGAAUCACCCACACUCACAUUAGUAUUUCACUAAUUAUUCAGCAUAGCAUAGAAUCUGUGUCACUAGUUAAUGACACUGAGUGCUGAUUGUAUGAAAACAGGUGUAUUGUGUCUGAAGACAUUUCUAAUCUAUUGUCAUAUUCCACAAUACCAGCCGUUUUAAACACGCAGGGUUGAUCAAAGAAACCUGUUAAUAAGAGCCAAUACUGAAAAUGUCAUAUCAUCAGCAAAAAAGGGCGCGAUUUCUUUUUUUCUGUUUUAAUCGAACCUUAACAGCACAGCACAUAUAAACAUUACCAACAUCUAUUACUAAAAUACAGAAAUAAUUCGUGAAUCAGCUCAAUGUUUGAGACGCCAGCGACCGAACAAUAAUUACUGAAUGUGAAUGCAUGACAGAACCCACAGCUGAUAAUCGUGUUGCUUUUGUGAAAAAACCUUUAGCUUUUUUUUUCAUCCUAUGUCACUUUUGCUAUAUAACGUCCUUUAGUUUUGUAUAUAAUGACUUUUAAAUUGCAAUAAAUGUCUCUAAAACUGCCAAAGUGUGUAGUAUUAUAGACAAACUUGACAGCA